GAAGCCUGGUGGUUUGAAGCAGGCGUUACUGUUAUCGUUGGAUUUAAGCUACUAGUAUCAAAUGUCAAUCCAAGCUCUAGUAACUAAGAAGCGUAAAGAGUUCAUCGGACUCCCUGCUCCUCUGGGAUAUGCUGCUGGCAUAGGACGUGGCGCGGUUGCAUUCACUACGAGAUCUGAUAUUGGUCCUGCUCGUGAAGCUAAUGAUGUUUCAGAUGAACGACAUGUUGCUCCAUCUAAACGUAGAAAGGAGCAGGAAGAAGAAGAGGAGGACCUGAAUGAUUCAAAUUAUGAUGAAUUCACGGGUUAUGGUGGCAGUUUAUGUACGAAAGAUCCCUAUGAGAAGGAUGAUCAAGAAGCAGAUGCCAUUUAUGCAUCCAUUGACGACAGAAUGGAUGAAAGGCGACGUGAAUACAGAGAAAAACGUUUCCGUGAAGAGAUUGAAAAAUAUCGACGAGAAAGACCGAAAAUCCAGCAACAGUUUAUGGAUUUAAAACGUGAUUUGGCAAGCGUUUCUGAGAGUGAAUGGAAUGCCUUACCAGAAGUUGGAGAUUCACGAAAUAGGAGACAAAGAAAUCCUAGAUACGAACGUUUCACACCAAUCCCAGACAGUAUUAUUUCAAAAGGUUUAUCCGAUGGUCAAACAAAUAUUUCCGUGGAUGUAGUCGAACAAAGUUUAGGUGGUAUAACUACACCGUUUACUUCGCAGGCUGCUCAAAUGGAUAUUGACAUGAAAAAAAUUGGUGAAGCACGUACAUCUCUAAUGGAUAUCAAGUUGACACAGGUUUCUGAUAGUGUUUCAGGGCAAACUGUUGUUGAUCCCAAAGGUUAUCUAACUGAUCUACAGUCUAUGAUUCCCCAACAUGGCGGUGACAUAAACGACAUGAAAAAAGCCCGACUUUUAUUAAAGUCAGUACGUGAAACAAAUCCAAAACAUGCUCCUGCAUGGAUCGCAUCUGCUCGUCUGGAAGAAAUAGCUGGUAAACUACAGGUGGCACGCAACUUAAUUCUUAGCGGAUGUGAAGAAUGCCCUAAAUCAGAAGAUAUUUGGCUUGAAGCAGCACGACUAGUGCCACCUGAACAAGCAAAAUCCGUUGUGGCUCAGGCUAUACGUCAUCUGCCACAGUCUGUUCGGUUAUGGGUAAAAGCAGCCGAUUUGGAAACAGAGCAUAAGGCUAAAAAAAUUGUAUACAAAAAAGCAUUAGAACAAGUUCCUAAUUCUGUUAGAUUAUGGAAGCUGGCUGUUGAAUUAGAGGAUGAAGAUGACGCUCGACUCAUGUUAACUUUGGCCGUGGAAUGUUGUCCUACAUCUGUUGAAUUGUGGCUUGCAUUGGCGCGUUUAGAAACUUAUGAACAAGCCAGGGUUGUUUUGAAUAAGGCUCGUGAAAGUAUUCCUACAGAUAGACAAAUUUGGUUUGCAGCUACUCGUUUAGAAGAGGCUCAAGGCAAUCAGGCUAUGGUACAAAAAAUUGUUGAUCGUGGUGUUGCGUCAUUACAAGCCAAUAUGGUUGAAAUUAAUCGUGACCAAUGGAUUAAAGAUGCAGAAGAAUGUGAGAAAGCUAAGAGUGUCCUCACUGCUCAAGCAGUAAUUAAAGCUAUUAUAGGUUAUGGUUUAGAGGAGCAAGAUAAAAAGCAUACAUGGUUAUCAGAUGCAGAGAAUUGUGCCACCAAUGGUGCAAUUGAAUGUGCUCGUGCUAUUUAUGCUGUGGCGUUGGCGCAUUUUCCAAAAAAGAAGAGUAUUUGGUUACGUGCUGCUUAUUUUGAACGAAAUCACGGCACAAGGGAAACGUUGGAAGAGCUUCUACGUCAAGCUGUCACUCAUUGUCCUCAAGCAGAAGUACUUUGGCUCAUGGCAGCAAAAACACGUUGGCUUGCAGGCGAUGUACCAGCUGCACGUUCUAUAUUGGCACGUGCAUUUGAAGCAAAUCCUAAUUCUGAAGAGAUAUGGUUAGCCGCUGUAAAACUUGAAUCAGAAAAUAAAGAGUAUGCACGUGCACGUAGAUUAUUGGAUAAAGCCUGUGCAUCUGCAUCAACAGCUCGUGUAUGGAUGAAAGCAGCUAGACUGGAAUGGUGUUUAGGUGAACUGAAUAAAGCCCUGCAAAUGCUUGAAAAGGCCACGUCAACUUACUCUCAAGCACCAAAAUUAUGGCUGAUGCUUAGUCAAGUAUAUGAACAAAUGUCUAAUAAUGAAGAGAUAAAACCCGAAGAAGCCAAUUUAUUCAAAGAAAAGGCUAGAAAUGCCUAUCGCGAAGGUCUUAAUCAUAACCCGCAUUAUACUGCACUAUGGUUACAGUUGGCUAGAUUUGAAGAACGACAUGGUAAUCUGACCAAAGCGCGUUCAAUAUUGGAGAAGGCUCGUUCACAAAAUCCCAAAACCGCUGAAUUAUGGCUAGAGGCUAUCCGGUUGGAGGUGAGGGCCAAUUUAAAACCUGUGGCUGAUUCACUCCUCUCAAAAGCUCUUCAAGAAUGUCCAACAUCAGGCUGCUUAUGGGCUGAAGCGAUUUCAUGACUCCUAGAGCCCAACGUAAAAGUAAAUCGGUAGAUGCCUUAAAGAAGUGUGAACAUGACCCAUUGGUACUUUAGCUGUAUCUAAUAUGUUUUGGUGUGAACGGCUUGUCAUGAAAGCACGUAAUUGGUUCACGCGGACAGUGAAACUGGAACCUGAUCUUGGCGAUGCAUGGGCUUAUUUUUAUAAAUUUGAACUACAGCACGGGACAGAGGAUCAACAGAAAGAAGUAUAUCGACGAUGUGUUAGUGCAGAGCCUCAUCAUGGUGAAGUUUGGUGUAAAAUUAGCAAGGAUCCGAAGAACUGGCGACUAAAAACGAAAGAUCUUUGAAAAUCGUAGCGGAUACCGUUGUUUUACCAACUUAACUGUGCAACGAACAUAUUUUGUAUCUCAUAUAAAAGGAAGGAAAAAAGCAGCCUAUGUUGUAUAUCAUAUAAAUAAUAAUAUUUUAAAUCAAUCUUUUAAUAUUUAUUUUGCAAACG